AUGGAAGAGCCGGUGAGUUUUGAGGAAGCUGCAAAGAGCCCGCAAUGGUGUCAGGCGAUGGAUGAUGAGAUGAAAUCGCACGAAGAGUGUGGAUCUUGGAAUCUUGUUCCAUUGAAACCCACAAGAAAGGCAGUGGGUUCGAAAUGGGUUUUUCGACUGAAGCGAAACGAACGUGGUGAGGUGGUAAAACAUAAAGCCAGAAUAGUUGCACAGGGGUUUUCUAAACGCCCUGGUGUUGAUUUUGAGGAGACUUUCGCACCGGCUACGUGUCAUGCCACGUUUCGUACGUUUCUUGCUGUAGCAGCCAAGAGAAGACUAAUCGUACAGCACUUUGAUGUAAAAACAGCAUAUCUCAAUGGAACUCUAGAAGAGGAAGUUUAA